AUGGACCCCGACGAGAGGGCGUAUCAUGAGGGCUUCAUGCGCGAGGCCAUUGCUAUGGCCGAGCUCGCCCUCAAAAGCGACGAAACUCCCGUCGGCUGUGUCUUUGUCAGGCACGGCCACAUCAUUGGCCGCGGCAUGAACGAAACAAACCGCACCCUCAACGGCACCAGGCACGCCGAGUUUGUCGCCAUUGCCGGCAUCCUGGCCAAGCACCCCAUCGCCAUCCUCCACGAGACGGACCUCUAUGUCACCGUCGAGCCCUGCGUCAUGUGCGCCUCGAUGCUGCGCCAGUACGGCAUUCGCGCCGUCUAUUUUGGAUGCUGGAACGAGCGCUUUGGCGGAACAGGAGGGGUCCUCAAUAUCCACUCCGAUCCCAGUGUCGACAAGCCUUACCCCGUCACCGGCGGCAUCUUUCGCGAGGAGGCAAUCAUGCUGCUGCGCAAGUUCUACGUCCAAGAGAACGAAAAGGCUCCGGAGCCCAAGCAGAAGAAGACGCGAGAGCUCAAGACCGAGAUCCUGCCCAUGGACGUCCACCAGCCAAAGUCGGCUCCCUCGCCUGCUGUCCCAGCUCCCGCCAGCUCAGCUUCCACUGGCUCAAUCCCCACUCUUUCUUCCCUGGCCAACGCUACCACUACUGUCUCGGGGCCAGCCUAG